ACCGUAGUCGUACGAAUGCUCCACUGUAACAAAUCUAUUUCUAGGGUUUACCUCUCGCCAUUUAUCUCUCUCUGUCUCUACUCCUUCACUGUUACUUCUAGAUUUUUAGAGAGAGAAAGUUGAGAGGAAGAAGAAGAAUAAUAAGUCUUCUUCUCGUUACAGUUUCCCCCUUGUUUGCAUUUCUUUAGAGAGAGAGAGUGUUUUUGAGAGAGAGAGGAUGUGGUAGAGAGAUAGGGAGGAAGAAGAUGCGGUGGUUUAGGUUGUCUGUUGAUGUUUACAGAGAGGGGGUUUCCCUUAAUGUCAAUAUUUGCAGGGUUAUUCUUUAGAGAUCCCACGAGUUUGCGAAUAAAGCCUAAACCUGAUCCCUAUAUUCUUUGUUUUCUCUUUCAAUCCUUAUUCAGAGCUUUCGGGUUUUUGUAAUCGGCUCUUGGGUUUCAGGAAAGUGGGUUUUUGGUUGAAUCGAGUGAUCGGAUCUGACGGAUUGCAGAUUUGUACCAUCAUUUUAGGGUUUUUGUUUCUGAGUAAUUUAUAGUAGAAUUUACUGUGGGGGUUUUAGGGUUUCGGGCGAUCAUAAGGUUUUUACAGCAGAGAGAGAGAGAGUUAUGGUGUGCCAAGCGGCUGGAAAGGCGAGAUUCAGGGCAUUGAAACACUAUGAAGAGAAUGGGCGCGCUACCAUCGUAGUUAGGGUUAUAGCUUGCUUUCAACCUCUCCAAGGCUGCCAGGCUGAGUAUUUCCGCCAGUUGCUCAAGCCUGUUACGUAGAAAACCCUUUGUCAUAAUCUCUCCCUUCUGUCUGGCUCUGAAGAAGAAUCAAAGCAAGAUCCAUUCGCAUGCACUCUCUCGUAACUCCAAAAUGUCAGAACAGAUUGACCAAUGCUGGUGGUUCUGAUUCACACAAACCGCAAGCAAAUUCCUGUACAUAUAUCUCUUGUUUUAUCAGCAAAAUUGGGAUUCUGCAUUAUCUGGACAAGUGUGAUAUCUCAUCUUUGAAGAAUGGCUAAUAAAACUAAUGUUUCGUACUCUGAAUCGAGCCAUAUUACGUACUCUGAAUCGAGCCUGCAACUGGGAUCUGCAACCCCAGAAAGCUCAAAAUUGGAACCAAGUAUUCCCACUCUAUCUCUAAGGAAUGAAAGCCGCAUGGUGCCAACAAUUAACGCAUCCAUUGGUGAACGAGCAUCCUGUCCUCCUUGCAAGGGCAUUACAUCUGUAAACAAGCCUGAGAAGAGGCUGAUUGUGUUUGAUCAAUCGAGAGAGGGAACAAUUAGGAUUGUAGGCUUGACUCCAAAUCUUAAUAUGGAAAACAGAUUUGGAAAAGAAGAAAUAUUUGAUGGUUCACAAUUGGGUUUGAAUGAAGGGAUCUUAGCUGUUGCCCUUGCAUCACUUGAGAGGAUCCGGCGUGAAAGAGAAAGAGGGGCCACUCUAAUGGAUAUGAUGAACCCAAUAUACUCCCCUCCCGAGGAGGGUUCUUGUAAUGUUUGGAAUAACAAGUUGCUUGAAGAGAGACAAGAUCAAGAGAGAGAAGAUCAAGAGAGGGAAGAUAUUGAUACCCUUCUAAGCUCCGACGAUGAAGAUGAAGUGACUUCUGAUGAUGAAGAAGAUGAAAAUGAAGUGACUACUGGUCAUUCGCUAGUAAAAAAUUUGGGAAAUGACGAAGAAGAACAGGAACUGAGUACUGGUCAUUGGCCUAUUGAAAAUUUGGGAAAAAAUGAAGAAGUGGUGGAUAGUUGUGGGCCAAGGAAGAAGAGGAGAACGGAAGGAAGCCAUGGAUUUAGUGAUAGCGAGAGUAAAUCCAGGAAGAUCAGGAUUAAGAAGAUGUUAAUGACACUGAGAGGAUUGGUUCCUGGAGGGAGUGAUAGGGAUACAAAUGGUGUUCUUGAAGAGGCAGUUCAGUACAUGAAGACCCUGCAGCUGAAGGUGUACCCUACGGUUAAGGAUAGAAACAAAUAGGAGUACCCAUGGGUGCUGCUAAAUGGUACUCACCCUCCUUGUUUCUCUGUGCUCUCUCUCCUUCUCUCUCAUAUUUUUAUGGAAGGAUAGAAUCAAAUAACAGUAUAUGGCUGCUGCUAAUGGUUCCAUCAGUCUUUGUUUCUCUCUCUCUUUCAUGUGGGGGGGAUGAAAACCAGAAAGAAUACCCAUAUUUGAUGCUAAAUGGUACCACUGUCUCUCAUGGAGGUAUAUAGUAACCAGUAACAGCUCCCUUGGUUGAAUCUCUAUGGUUACUCUCUCUCUCUCUUUCUUUCAUGGGGGAGGAUUAGCAGCAGCAGUACCUAUGGUUGCUGUAAAGCUGUUGUUUAGGAAGUUUGCCUUGAGGUUUCCCUUCAAGUUGUCAACUUGGGUGUUUGUUUUGAAAGUCUCUUCGAGUCUCUAUUUAUCAAUAUAUGUUUGUUUUGUUAGUCUUUUCAAGUCUUUAUUUAUCAAUAUAUGUAAUAAGACGGGCUAUGGCCUUGUUGACAACACUGUUAUUGUUAGUAUAUUACUUCGGUUUUUCUUAUGUUUUUGGGUUAUUA